GCUAUAAUAUGCCUCACGACUCUCUAGUUACAAUCACAAUCACAAUCGAACACACGCACAGAGAGGGAUGGGUUUCACAGAGAAGCAAGAAGCUUUGGUGAAGGAAUCAUGGGAAGUGAUGAAGCAAAACAUUCCUGAAUUCAGUCUUCGUUUCUUUACCUUGAUCAUAGAGAUUGCCCCGGCGGCGAAGAACUUGUUCUCAUUUCUGAAAGACUCGAAUGAAGUCCCAAAGAACAAUCCAAGGCUCAAGGCUCAUGCUGUUAAAGUAUUCAAGAUGACUUGUGAGUCGGCGAUUCAGCUGCGGGAGAAGGGGGAGGUUGUGGUUUCGGAUACAACUCUCAAAUAUUUGGGAUCUGUUCAUGUUCAGAAAGGAGUGAUUGACCCCCAUUUUGAGGUGGUGAAAGAAGCUUUGUUGCGGACAGUUAAAGAGGCAAUUGGGGAGAAAUGGAAUGAGGAGAUGAAUGGUGCAUGGGGUGAAGCCUAUGACCAGUUGGCUGCUGCUAUCAAGGCUGAGAUGAAAGAGGAGCUUGCUCAACUUAAUCCCUCAACAACCCCUCUUAACUAAAUAGUAAACUUUUUUGAUGUGUGUAUUUGGAGAGAGAGACUGUGUGAGAGUGUGAGAGAGGUGAUGUUCCCAUAUGAUAUGUGGGCCUAGAUAUGGUGACAUGAAAUUGGAAAUCAUCUGUUAAUAAGAUCUUGCUUUAUUUCUGUGUCUAUUCCUUUGUUGGUCCUAAAUUGUAUAUGCACCAUUAGUUAAGAUUUUUGUGUCUUUGGUUAUAACUUAUUGAUGUUAAUUAUGAUUCAAGAAUUUUUUGCUA